AUGCACUCCUCGCGGCACUCACUCCGGCUGGCGAGAUGCUGCCGCCUCCAUCAGCUUGGUCGCAAUGCUGGUCCCGGUUUCGCUCAGCACAGCCGGCGUUUCUCCCAGCAAUCAAAGCCUACCUCGGGCCUCGAGAAGGUGAUCAAGCUGUCUGAUGAGAUCGCCGACGCUGUCGCGACCAACAAGCCCAUCGUCGCGCUCGAGUCCACCAUCUACACUCAUGGUGCCCUGGGCAGCGAGCUGCCCGCGUUCCUCGAGUCGGUGGUUCGCGAUAAUGGCGCGAUUCCCGCGACCAUCGGCGUUCUGGACGGUGUGCCGGUGGUGGGCCUGACGCCCGCAGAGAUCGAGAGGAUGGUCAAUGAAGGCGCCAAGAAGCUAUCGAGAAGGGACCUCUCGUAUGUCCUGGGAAUGGGCAUGACAGGCCGCAAAUUGCACGGAGGCACCACCAUCUCAGGAACCAUGGUCCUGGCCCGCGCGGCCGGCAUCCGCGUCUUCGGCACGGGCGGGCUGGGCGGCGUCCACCGCGGCGGCGAGAACUCGAUGGACGUGUCGGCCGACCUCACCGAGCUGGGGCGGACCCGCGUGGCCGUCGUCAGCUCCGGCUGCAAGGGCUUCCUCGACAUCGCGCGCACGCUCGAGUACCUCGAGACGCAGGGUGUCCUCGUGGCCACGUUCGCCGACGGCAGGACGGGCAAUGUCGACUUCCCCGCCUUCUGGGCGCGGGAGAGCGGCAUCAAGAGCCCGUUUGUGGUGCAGAACGAGACGGAGGCCGCGGCGAUGAUCCUCGCGCAGGAGCAGCUGGGCAUUGAGACCGGCCUCCUGUUUCCCAAUCCCAUUCCAGAGGAGCACUCGAUCUCGCGCGAGGAGAUGGACAAGGUCAUUGAUACAGCCGUCCGUGAAGCCAACGAGCAAGGCGCAACGGGAGCCUUGAACACGCCGUUCAUCCUGAAGCGAAUCAAGGAGUUGACGGACGGCAGGAGCGGACCCGCGAACAAGAUUCUAGUCGAGGAGAACGUUGCGCGCGCUGCGAGGGUCGCCGCCGAGGUCAGCAGGCUACAGGCAGGCGGGAGCGCGGCAGGCAACUUCCAGUAA